GUCUGUAUAAUUUACUAUUUGUUAAACUCAAUUUUUUCCUCUUUGAUUUUAGCCGGCUGUCCUUAUUUUCACUUCCUUCCACAUUUCCCCCAAUUUUCCUUCCCUACAUUCCGAGUUUCCCUCCCCAGCUAAACCUAAAUAUUUCCCUCUCCCAAAUCUAGUUCGACUCCAACCUUCACCAAAAUUCAUUUCCCUUUUCUCUCUUCUCUCUCCUAUCCUUUCCCUUUCUCCUUCUCGUUGUUCAUGCCAUCAUCGUCCGAUCGAAGGGGCCAGCCGACGUUCUCUUUUUGGGACAGUUCUCCAAUAGCGCAAAUCUGACAUUCGAUCCAAAAAAUUUGGUUAACCUUGACGACUUUUCGACUUGAUCCAGCACUGGGGACAUUGGAUCCAUGUUUCAGACUCUGAUCAACCCUUUGGUGGAGCCGACUAGUGUGUGCCUGGAGGACAGAUUCGAUGUUGGCGGUUUUGGAUCUCCAAUGCUCGAUUUGGCAGGCCUCUUUCUCCGGCGCAACCGCUGAACUUCUCAUUCCUUGUGCUUCAAAAUCUGAUGUUUGAAUGUCUAAAAGAGAGCAGCAUUGUUUUUCUGGAUAUCAUGUUCGGCAUAUUUAUUAACUAUAUCAGGAUAAAGCGAGCAUCUCCAAAGAUCAGAAAUGGUAACUCAAUGGAGGAAUCACUUAUUUAUGUUGAGACUGAUAUAGAAGAAAAUAAUCAAAGUGACCAUCUCUGCGGCAUCCAAUCUCCAUGAAAAAGUCUUUCUUCUUGCCAAACUUUCAAAGCUUCUCCACUUGGAUUAACAAGAUCAGUCAGGUAAUUGCUACAAACACCCCAACGUGGGUGCUCCAUUCAGCCACUCUUUGCCUCUUUGGUUUGUUUCUACUAUUAUUCUCCAUCAAUAAUAUGCUAGAUCUAGCCAAUACUUCAUUCUUUGACAUGACUGUUUAGUGAUAUAUUUUAAUGGAAUUCUUAUUCUUUCUUGCCUCUACUCUCGGAUGAAUGAAAUAUGUGAAAUUUGAAUUUUUGUAUCUUUUGAUAGUUCUGACCUGUUUGAUUGGCUGGAAAAAUUAAAAUUCUUAAAUGAGUGAAGCUCCCAAAUAUGUUCAACCUUGACCUUGAUCAAACUCAUUAUUUGUUUUGUGGGGAAAGGAAGGUUAUGCCCUCUGGGCUAUAUUUAACUAGUUUUGUGAUUUCUCCUAUUUUGCCAUUGAAGAAUUUUGUCAAACUAAAAUUGAAUGAAAUUUUUUAUAUAGAUUGAUAAAUUAGAAUACACAGUUGGUAUGCUAUCUUGUGGAACGUAAAAAAAAUUGACCUGAAUUUGGGAAGAAAUUAAAACAAUUUUUGCUGGCAUCUUAGCUUUUACCUUAUAAACAUCUUAAAUAUCU